UGUCAUUUGAUUUCAUACUUUAUUGUGAUUCAGUAAAUUCAAGGUCACGUAUAAAUGGACGUUCAUAUGUACAUUGGCAGAACCAAAUAAUUUAUUCAGUAGAUGCAUGAAAGAACAAUAUGUAUAUGUUGGUGAGUAAAAAUCUCCUAACAACAAAUGUGAUUACAGACUACAAUUUCUCUUCGCUAUAAUAAUUCUUGUCGAUAAUACUCCAUGGAUUUCUGCAAUCAAGUUUGUGUUGGGGUCUUGGGAAGGAGGUUCUCUAGUGGUUAGGUGAACGGCGAGCCUUGAGUCCAACAAAUCUUCGACUAGCUAGCAACCUAUCCUUUCCUUUUGAUCAUUCUAUGGGCUAUUUAUAGGGAAAGGUGGCAAAUUCGGGGACUUUAGAGUGUGUUCCUAUUGGACCAUGUGUCACCGCUUUCCUAUUUUAUUCUUUGUAUUUUACUGAGCUUCCCUUCUAGGUAGCUUUCCUUUCUGACCCUUACUCCUGCCUCGGCUGAUUUAAGACAACAAAUCUCCUUUUCUUUAAUGAAACAAAGUGUUUUAAGUCUUUAGGUGCCAAGGAGGGCUUUCUUGCUUAUAUUUAAUUAAGUAACGAAUACAGUUGAAUAAAUAUCAUAUUAAAUUAAGAAGGGGAAAUUCCCCUAACGAUUUCCCCUCAGUUUAAAAGCUUUCGGGUUUGAAUGCUUUAAAACUAAUUACUUAUUCAUAACCGUCUUAUUUUUAGAUCCACUCAUUGCUUUUACGGGGAAGAUAAGAUUGCGUUUCUCAUGUAAUAGCGUCUUAAAAAUGUCCAUCUUCCUUUCCUUGUCUCACUUUUGAAAUUUAUCUUUUUCCCCAUUCAUCUUAGAAACACUCAAUCUACAAUGCUUCGUCUUGGUGCUCCUUUUAAGUAGCACAAAAUUUGCUCUAACGCUAUCCAAUGAUAAAUUGUUAGAGAUGGCAUAAAUUGAUUAAUACUGAGAAUGCAAAUUCUGGUCACAGUAAGAUAACUCAAUUUUCCAACCAACCUGCAAUAUUUCUCAAGGUCUUCAAAUGGUUCUCCAUGUUGGAAAAUCAGCUUUCCUAAAUUAUUAUUAUUAUUCAGUAUAGCUGUAUAAUAAUAAUUCUGUUUUUAUUGUACCAUAUUUUUAGGGAAUUAGUUUAGGGAUUCAUUGUAUCUUUAUUAUUUGAUAUGUUUCUCUUUAUAGACUUAUUGUACAUGUUAUAUAUACUGCUUUAUAUCAGAAAUAAUAUAACACAGAAAAAACAUUUUUCCCUAAAUCUGUCAACUUGGUAUCAGUGCCAGAAAAAGAAAAAAAAAAACCCUAAUCGCACCCCUAACCCUAAUCACCUCUGUCCUACUUGCAUCAUGUCAGAUUCUGAGUCAGGUAUAACCAAAAACAACCCCAUCCCAACCAAUUCCACUGUUCUUUCUACCAAAUCUACCGAGUCUCACUCUGUACAGAUCACUACUAUUCGCUUGAAUGGAGAAAACUUUAUGAGAUGGUAUCAAUCGGUGAAGAUGUAUAUGAAAGGUCGAGGAAAAAUGGGAUAUUUGACUGGUGAAAAGAAGGCUCCAGCAGAAACUGAUUCAACCUAUGAAACUUGGGAUGCUGAAAAUUCUAUGGUGAUGGCUUGGCUUGUUAACUCUAUGGAAGAAGAGAUUAACUCCAAUUAUAUGUGCUAUCCCACAGCAAAGGAGCUAUGGGACAACAUUAUUGAAAUGUAUUCUGAUCUUGAAAAUCAAUCUCAGAUUUUCGGGUUAAAUAUCAAACUUGGAGAAAUAAAGCAAGGGGAGGACAGCGUGACAAAGUACUUUAAUUCUUUGAAAAGAAUCUGGCAAGACUUAGAUCUUUUCGAUACUUAUGAGUGGAAAUCUGCAGAAGAUGGCAAACACCACAAGAAAACGAUUGAGAAAACCCAAAUCUAUAAGUUCCUGGCUGGUCUCAAUGUUGAGUUUGAUGAGGUGAGGGGGAGGAUUAUUGGAAGGCAGCCCCUACCUCCAAUUGGUGAAGUAUUCGCUGAAGUUAGAAGAGAGGAGAGUCGAAGGAGUGUUAUGUUGGGAAAGAAGACACCUACAUCUAUUGUUGAGAGUUCAGCGCUAGCCACCAUGGGCGCAGGAUAUAACAAGAACACCUCAUACAUGCAGAAAACUGAUGAGAAGCCACGUGUUUGGUGUGAUUUCUGUAAUAAACCUCGUCAUACUCGAGAGACCUGUUGGAGAAUCCAUGGCAAACCAGCAAACUGGAAAAGCAAGGCAGAGAGAGAAAAGGCAGGUCGAACCCCUUCUGCACAUGAAGCUGAGUCCAGCCCCUUCACUAAGGAGCAGAUGAAUCACCUUCAUGCAUUGCUGAACACUACCUCGUCCUCAUCUGGUAUUCCUACUGCCUCUAUUGCAUAUGCAGGACCAGAGUUCGGGGAAGACGAUUGGCAGUGCUAGGAUGAUUAAUGGACUCUAUUAUUUCGAAGAUAAGGCUUCUGAAAAUAAAAUUGCUCAAGGAUUUAGUAGCAUUAGUUCUCUUUCUGUUUAUGAUCAAAUAAUGGUUUGGCAUUAUAGAUUAGGCCAUCCUAGUUUUUCUUAUUUAAAACAUUUGUUUCCAGCACUAUUCAAACGGUUAAAUCCUUUGUCUUUUCAAUGUGAAAGUUGUUUAUUGGCCAAAAGCCAACGUAAACCUUACAUUAAAUUUUUUUAUCAUCCUUCAAAACCGUUUUAUCUGUUUCAUAGUGAUGUCUGGGGAUCUUCUAAGGUUACCACUAAUUCUGGGAAAAAAUGGUUUGUUACUUUUAUAGACGACCACACUCGUCUUUGUUGGGUUUAUUUAAUGAGGGAAAAGUCUGAGGUUGAACAAAUUUUUACCGAUUUUUACAAAAUGAUUGAAAAUCAGUUUCAAAC